CUUGAAAAUGCUGUCUCUUAUCUGUAUCAUUUGCAUUGCCUCGUUUACGUACGCUGACGUUGGUGAAAGCUCUUACCUGCUCUCCAAAUAUAAGAGAGAUCCCAGAUUGCAGUCGUCUCCAUUUCAUGAAUUGUUUAUUCACUGGCGGAAGUACACUAAGAUAAUAGAUAGUGUGCAGAAGGAAACAAAAGCGCUUCAGCGUCAAAUCAAAGAGCUCCGUUUAACAACUAAUUCGGCGUUGAAAGUGUUGACAAAUGGGCUGGGUACUACCAAAGCUAAACUUUCAAAUUUGGAAGGAAAAUAUUCAUCACUUGACAGGAAAGUCGUAACUGAGGUUGGAAAAGUACAAACAGCUGACCGAACCACGAGAGGAAAAGUAACAACAAUGUCCCAGACGAUGACACGUAUGGUCAGAACACAGAAGUCCUUGGAAAAUGAGAUUAACAACAAUAAAUGUCAAAGUGGUGUUGUAAAGUCUGCCUACUUCACAAGAGUAAACAUGGUAUCUGAUCGAACAGUACGCUUUGCCAGGCCUUUCCAAAGCACACCCAAAAUUGUGUUCGGUCUUUCAUUGUAUGAUUCAAGCCACAAGACAAACGACCGCCUCAAUACAUAUUUGCUGAGACUAGACAGGAAUGGAUUCACCCUGAGAAUUUCAGCCUGGGCAGGGACACUUCUGUUCCAAGCACACUAUUUUUGGAUGGCUUGUCCGUGAACAAUGUUGGAGAAAAUAAAGUAUGGAUUUGCUUUA